AUGUACAUCAGAGAAUAUUUUACAAAAAAUAUAAUGGCCUAUGGUUGUUGUUAUAGUUGUUAUUUGGCAUUUCCAAAAUAUUUGCCAGAACAUAAAGGAAAUAAGGGAAGGCCUGAUUGUGGUGGAGGAAAUGAAGAAACAAAUAAUUGUGUAGAUAAGGAUGAGAAAGGUUGUAAAUAUUGGGCUGCUGAAACAACUACAAAAUGGUGUAGAAAUAGUGGGGUAAGUUUGAAAUUGAAAUUUUUUUCCGUAAAUUGAAGUAAACCCUCGAGACCCUGUUUAACUAAGGCUUUUCUGAAUGUUG